AUGAGCCAGUCCGAAGGCCACGGAAACCAGAAAGAGCCGGAGUCAUGCACUUACAGGGCUGAACCACCUGCGCCUCCGCAGCCGGAGAACGACAAGGGCAUUUUCCCUUCGAUCAAGAGUCCCCUGCUCGAAGGGCUCGAUGAGAUCACGCCCGACAAUGUCGACAUCUUCAAGCUCGAAGCCGUGCAGGCGCUGAAGAUGCUGUGUCGGAGCGUCGAUUGCCUGGUCCAGUCGACCGGGGACGUGCCGCCUACACCUCCGGCGCGGAGUCGAGGACCUUCUCCCGCGCGAGCACCGUCAAAUCUGCAUGAGUCGAGUGCACCGAUAGCAAUGACACCGAGAAAGGACAACUUUGGCGGUCUGCGGCCGCCCGGCCAGCAUACACCCGAGCACAUUGACGGAGUCCUGUUUGUAAAGACUCCCAUCGGGUCGCCGGAAGCACAUGCACAUGAGCCAACAUCGGCGGCCGACAUCGUUGGAGCUCAUGCGCAACCGACCUACGUACAGCACGGGGCGUUGGCAAGGAAGUUCUUUUCGAAGCGGCCUCCGCCCAUCUCCACCGAGGACUACCUCAUGCGCAUGCACAAAUACUGUCCCAUGUCGACAGCGGUGUACCUGGCGGCAUCUCUAUACAUUACGCGCCUGGCGGUUUAUGACAAAAUCCUCCCAGUCACCCCACGAAAUGUGCACCGAUUGCUCCUGGCCUGUCUUAGAGUGGCCAUGAAGGCCUUGGAGGAUCUUUGUUGGCCCCAUGCUCGGUUCAGCAAGGUGGGCGGUGUCUCGGAGGGCGAGCUUGGUCGGUUGGAGAUUACCUUUUGCUAUCUGAUGGAUUUUAGCCUGAAAGUCGAUGCCGCCAUGUUGCAGCACGAGGCGGAGGCACUCUGCCAGCAGAAUCGAUUUGAAUCUGCUAUCUUUACUCCGGCACCGACGACGCUGGACUUGAAGUUGUCUGAAGACCCCAACAAAAGACCAAGAUCUGCUGAAAAACGGAAGGCCAGCAGUACUUUGCCCAGUCGGCCCCUCGUUCAGGUCGGGGCAGGUAUAGAAGUCAUGGGACAGUCGUGA